AUGGAGUCGUUCGACGUUACCGCCCUUUACACUAACGUGUCGAAUGGCUUCGCAAUUCAAGCCAUCCGCGAGCUUCUUGAGCAACAAGAAGAGGCAAUAAACAUUUACGGCUUCUCGAUUCAGCACUUCAUCGUCCUCUUGAAGGUCAUCAUUGGAGAUUUCAACGCAAAGAUUGGACCGAGAAGAACGUCUGAAGAGCGUCACAUUGGGACCCACGGAUUAGAAUGGUACAAACAGGAUGCCGUUGUCGAUAACAUCGACGAGGAAUACGAUCGGCUUAUUCAACAUCUUCACGUUAGCGCUAUGAAAGAUGAGAGUUCGAAAGUCACCAAGAGACGUCUGUAUCCAGAAAGACCCGAUCUCAUGCGUCAGCGUGGUAUCGCACGAGCUGUAGACCACCUCAAACUAACGUUGAAGGGUGAUUGCUGA